CGCAGCUCCUCCCUUCGUCGGCGGAUCUCAGCUCGGGGUCCCUGUGUCCAGAGCUGCCGCGAGUGAGGACGGGGCGCGGCCGGCCGAGGAGGCGCCGAAAGGGAAGGAGACAUUGGGAAGCCACGGGGAAGUGGAGUCGAAGACCGCCACCUCGGAGCGGGCCGCGCCUGCGCAGUGGCUUCUGAACGCUGGGCCUAGCCCCUCUCCGCCCCCUCCGCGGGCCUGCCUUCCCAUUGGUCAUCCUAGCAGGGCCUGGUGCAGGAGCCAAUCAGCGGCGGAGAAGGAAGGCAUGGCUCCCACCUACCACCUGAGAGCCAGGCCCCACCAGGGGCCAGUGACCUUCAAGGACGUGGCUGUGGACUUCACCCCGGAGGAGUGGGGGCACCUGGACUCUGCCCAGAGGGAGCUGUACCGGGAGGUGAUGCUGGAGAACUACCGGAACCUGGUCUGCCUGGGACUUGCAGGAUCCAAACCAGAUGUGAUCCACCAGCUGGAACAAGGGGGAGCACCGUGGAGGCCAGGGGAAGGCUGCUCCAGAAGCGGCCUUGCAGAUUGGGAAACUCAACUUGAAAACAGAGAGUUAAGUUCAGCGCUGGGCACAUUUAUUGAAGAAUCUUCCAGGGAAAAACUCAGAAUGGACAAUCCUUGUAUCUUAAAGUUGAGAAAAGCCUGGGAAUGUGAUAUCAACUUAAAGAGUCUACAGAAUCAUGAAGAGAAACAUUCUAGCCAAGUAAAAAUCACCCAGAGGAAACGUGCCGGUAAAGUGAAAGACCGUGAAUAUAAUAAGAAUGGCAGAGGCUUUGGUGUAGAAUCAGUCUUUUCAGAAUUCAUCAUUCCUAAGGACAAUGAGAAUGGGAAAUCAUUUAGUAAUCAUUCAGACCUUCCUGAAAAUCAUAGAUUACAUACUGAUGAGAAACCCUAUAAAUGUAAUGAAUGUGGGAAAGCUUUCCUUUGGUCAACAGAACUUGCCCACCAUCAGAGAAUUCAUACUGAAGAGAAACCUUUUGAAUGUAAGGGAUGUGGGAAGGCCUUCCGCUGGAAUUCACAACUUAUUCUACAUGAGGGAAUCCAUAGUGGAGAGAAACCUUUUGAAUGUAAAGAAUGUGGAAAGGCCUUCCGCCUGAGGUCACAGCUUACUUUACACCAGCGAAUCCAUACUGGAGAGAAACCUUUUGAAUGCAACAAAUGUGGGAAAAAGUACAGGCUGAGUUCACAACUUACUUUACACCAGAGAAUUCAUACUGGAGAAAAGCCUUAUAAAUGUAAAGAAUGUGGGAAGGCCUUUCACCUAAGUGGACGGCUUACUGUACACCAGAGAAUUCAUACUGGAGAGAAACCAUAUGGAUGUAAUGAAUGUGGGAAGGCCUUCCUCAUGAGAUCACAGCUUAUUGCACACCAGAGAAUUCACACUGGAGAGAAACCUUAUGAAUGUAAUGAAUGUGGGAAGGUCUUCCGCCUGAGUGGACAACUUACUGUACACCAGAGAAUUCAUACUGGAGAGAAACCUUGUGAAUGUAAAGAAUGUGGGAAAUCCUUCCGCCUGCAGUCACAGCUUACUGUACACCAGAGAAUCCAUACUGGGGAGAAACCUUAUGAAUGUAAUGUAUGUGGGAGGGCCUUCCGCCGGAACUUAGAGCUUACUUUACACCAGAUACUUCAUACUGGAGAAAAACCUUAUAAAUGUAAUGAAUGUGGGAAGGCCUUUGGCCACAGGACAAAACUUACUGUACACCAGAGAAUUCAUACCGGAGAGAAACGUUAUGAAUGUAAUGAAUGUGGAAAGGCCUUUUACCAGAGCGGACAACUUAUUUUACACCAGAGAAUUCAUACUGGAGAGAAACCUUGUGAAUGUAAAGAAUGUGGGAAAGCCUUCCGUCUACAGUCACAGCUUACUGUACACCAGAGAAUUCAUACUGGGGAGAAACCUUUUGAAUGUAAUGAAUGUGGGAAGUCCUUUCAGUGGAAGUCUCUAAUUAUAGUACAUCAGAGAAUUCAUACUGGAGAGAAACCUUUUGAAUGUAAUGAGUGCGGGAAAGUCUUUCGUCUGAGCUCACAGCUUACUGCACACCAGAGAAUUCAUACUGGAGAGAAACCAUAUGAAUGUAAUGAAUGUGGAAAGGACUUUCAAUGGAGGUCUCUGCUUGCAGUUCAUCAGAGAAUUCAUACAGGAGAAAAACCUUUUAAAUGUAAUGAAUGUGGGAAAGCCUUCCGUCUCAGUGGACAGCUUACUUCACACCAGAAAGUUCAUACAGGAAAGAAACCUUAUGAAUGUAAUGAAUGUGGGAAGACCUUUUGCCGAAAAUCCCAUCUUAUUGGACAUAAACGAUAUCAUAGUAGAGAGAAAAUUUAUGAAUGUGAUGGAUGGGGAAAAGCCUAUUGAUACAGUAUAGGACUUAGCUAAUCAGAGAAUCCAUAUUGGAGAGAAACAUAAAUAUAAUUAAUGUGGAAAGGCUUUUGUAUGAAUUCUGGACUUUGUGAUUUUCAGAUAAUUCGUAUUACAGAGAAACCUUAUGGUUGUAAUAAAUGUGAGAAGUCCUUUCACUGGAGAUCCCAUCAAAGAAUUUAUAAUGAAGUAACCAUAAACCUGAGUUGAAAUCUAGCCUCAGACACUUGACACUUACCAGCUAUGUGACCCUGGGCAAGUCACUUUACCCCAUUUGCCUCACACACACAAAAAAAGUUUCAAGGAAGUAACUAUAAAAAUAAAAUGAAUGUGAGAAAGGCUUUUUUGUCAGAACACAAACCUUAUUCAGCAUCAGAUGAUAUGUAGAAAUGUAAUAAAUAUGGAAGUCUUUCCAUUUAAAAGACAGCUUACUGAUUAUCAGAGAAUCAUAUUUCAUAAAAAACUUAAAAGAGUACUAAAUAGGGGGCAGCUAGGUGGCGCAGUGGAUAGAGCACUGGCCCCGGAUUCAGAAGGACCUGAGUUCAAAUCUGGCCUCAGACACUUAACACUUACUAGCUGUGUGACCCUGGGCAAGUCAUCUAACCCCAAUUGCCUCACCAAAAAAAAAGAGUACUAAAUAUACAUACACUUUCGUUUGGAACAUUAUGUUUACUCAUAUCAGAAUAUCAGAGAAUACAUCCUGGAGAUACACCUUGUAAAUGUGAUGAAUGUGGGAUUAUGCCCACCUUUGGAAUCCAUAAUUUAAUCAUCAAAGAAAUAAUGGAGAGAAUGAGGAAAAAAUAUUUCAGAGCAUUUGGCUUACCUAAAUUCUUCAUACUUAUGAGAAGAAAAAAAAACCACAUGAAUAAUGAAUAUAAAAGCCAGAAUACCACUUUAGGAAUUGAGCUGCAAUCAUGUAAUCUUUUAGCUUCCAGGAAUAAGAAGGCAAUAGUCCCUUUAUGUUGUGCACUGUUUGGACCAUAUCUGUAGUAUUGAGUUUUGCUUGGGGCAUCACAAUUCAAGAAGGACAUUGAAAAGGUGAAAAACAUUUAAAAUACAGCAACCAGUACUUGAAUGAGGCUCAGUAGAAAGGUCUGAGGAUGGUUAACCUGGAAAAGAGAAGACCUAUGACAUAUUAGCUCUGUGGAAGAGGGAUUAUACUUUUUCUGUUUAACCCCAGAGGGGCAGAAUCAGGAAAAAAACAGUGAAAAUUACAAAGGCAAGAUCUAGAACAUCAAGAAAAUUAAACAAACUAUAUUAUAAAAGUACCAGUCAUCAAAACUAUCUUGUAAUGGCAAAAAAAAAAUUCUAUGUAUAAGGGAAGAAUUUAUAAUAAAAAAGACCAUUAUGGGAAGUAAAAAUGGAUAAUUUUGAUUACAUUAAAUUAAAAGGCUUUUGCCUAAAUAAACACAAUGUAGCCAUGAUUAGAAGGAAAGGAAAAAAAACUGGGAAAAUUUUUUCUAAAGUUUCUGUUAAAGGCUGCAUUUCUCAAAUACAUAGAGAACUGAAUCAAAUCUAUAAGAAUAUGAGUCAUUUCCCAAUUGACUGUUGUUUGUCCUUCAUUCUCAAAGAGGACCAGUGAUAUCAUGAAGGUGAUGUCUUAACUUGCUCAUGAAUUGGAUUUAAGUGAGGCAGAACUGUUCAAAGUCUUUAACCUUACUCUUAUCCAGAGUCAUCGGAGUCCAGUGACAAGACAAGUCAAGAUGAUCAGUGAUGGUCCAGGAUGCAGUGGGUGACAGCCUUUUUAAAUUAAGGUCUUUCCCAGUUCUCAGUUUGUCUGCCCCAAUUGAGAA